AUGGCGUCAUCUCACUUCUUCUUCGUCUCCUUCCUCAUUUCAUUAUCAUCAACUCUUCUUCCUCUCUCAGUACUCUCAGCAACAGUCGUGGAAGAUCUCGCCAAUCUUAGCCCACCUCCUGAUUUUACCACUACAAUCACCAACAACUGUCUCCGUGAUCCCUUGCUCCGUUACUGCAACAACACUUCAUCCUCUCCAAUGGACAUCGUCGAGAUAUUCAGAUCAACCAUCGUCGCUAGCCAUCUCUGCAACGAGUCCAAGAACCCUAACUGCGUUGAAUCUUUCCCGAGGAUCAGAAUCCACGGUCGUCCCAAAACCGCCGCGCUUUACCUCUCUUUCGAUUUCUUCUGGAAGUACUGUCCUUUAACCGUAGUCGAUAUCGAGCUAGUUAACAACUCUCUCAAGGAUGGUUUCCCUAAAAAUGUUCUGUCUUGUGCUCAGAUACGUACUCUUGAUCUGAGUUACAACCAGUUCUCUGGUUUUGUUCCGGUUCAGGAUCUCUCUGGAUUAACCAACUUGACGCAUUUGAAUCUAUCGUAUAACCGUUUCUCUGAGAACAAGAUCUCAGAUUCUGACUUCUUCAAACGGUUCAACGCCUCUAGUUUCAUACAGUCCGGUGUUCUUCCAAAUGUCAAGCGUUACAAGAUGAAACUUUUGGUCUUGUUGAUCGUGUUUCCGAUAAUGGUGAUAUUGCUCUGUUUUUGCUUUGGAUGGUUAUGUAUCAAGAGACCUGAUUACUUUCCAAGAACUUGCCGGAGAAGUUACAAGUUCACAUACGCGAUGCUCGAAGCUGCGACGGAUGAGUUUUCAGAUCAGCAUCUUUUGAGCACGAGUGAUAGAGUUGAUAUCUACAAAGGAACGUUGAGAGACGGGACAGAGACGAAGAUCGAGAUUUAUAAAGAGAAGGUUUCGAGUGAGAAGAGGCGUGAGUUCGGAGAGGAAUGCGAGGCAGCUUUCAGGUUAAGACACAAGAACUUGGUAAGAGUUUUGGGUUGGUGUAAUAGCAGAAGCUUGAGAGCUUUGGUUACAGAAUGGACUCAAGGAGAAAAUGUUGAGACUUGGUUAAGUUCUUCAUCGGCUAUAUCAUGGAGAAGAAGGUUAAGAGUGGUUUUAGGAGUUGUAGAAGGUAUUUGUUAUCUAUCAGAUCAAUGGCCUGAGAUUACAUUUGAUCUCACCACAAACAGUGUUUUGUUAUCCGAUGAUGAUCAAGAACCUCUGAUUUCUCAUUUCAAGAUUGGAGAUGGGAACAACUCAUCAACAAAUAUAUUCAACUUCGGAUUGUUUCUUUUAGAGAUGAUCACAAACCUAAGACCUGAUAUGGAACAAGAAGAUUCAGAAAGGAGGUAUCUUGAGUAUAUAAGAGUUCAUUAUCCGGACAAUCUAGAGAGAGUGAUCGAUGAGAAGAUGAAGACCGAGGAGAGACCAUUUGAUCAAGUGAAGCAAGCCAUUACUCUUGGACUGAUGUGUACUGACAAACCACCAUUGAAGCAACCUAGCUUGACGCAGAUUUAUGACUUGGUCUCUUCUUUGUACGAGUCUAGUUUACGACAUGAUUGA